AUGGCCACAUUUCUCCAGAGCCUCGCGCCAUCUCUCCCUUCGGCCAGCCAAGCAGGCGCACGAAUCUUCCAGUACAUCCACAAACUAGAAGAGAUACUUCUUCGACAGAGCCAGGCAGUACCAACAGUGACAGCAGUACCGGCAAUUCCAGUAGCACCGAUCAUGCACCAUCAGCCCGAGAUAUCGAAUGACCCGCGGGUCAUGGACUUGAUGCCUCAGCCGCCGCCACAGCAGCAGCACCCAGGCCUUCUUGAGCAGUAUGCGUUGCCAAAUACUUCAUUUUACAAUUUUCAAGCAGACUUUAUCGGAAACAUGUGGAACAAUGCCUUCAACGACGGGGCGGAGAUCGAUUGGGCUGGCGCAAUUGAGAGCUGGGGAACGACUUGA